AUGGUAUAUAAUAGAUUUGGAGGGACUACUGAUUUCGAUGCAGGAGCACUACUACUGUCAUUGUCAUUGGAUGAUGGGCCUAUAAAUCUGACAGGUUUACAAGUUGAAGAAGUCUACGAUGAUGAUGUUGGAUACAUCGAUGAUCCAAUGGAUAUUGAUAACACCGAGGAUAUAAUAAGUCAUAGUGAUAGCGUGAACGAUAUAACCAUGGACAUAGAUGAAUUUUCCACACAUGAUUCGUUGGAAAAUCAAAUCAAAAAUCUGUCUGACGAUGAAACAAACAAUGAAGAUGGUUUACUUUCAUUAUUGUCACCUACAAUGCUAGGGGCAAAACUAGCUAUCAAAAAACCUUUAUUAUUGAUGCCACCACCUCAAGACGUGUCUGGACAUACUACUACUGAAAUCAGAAACGAAUCCUCGGAUAUUGACUAUGAAUUUGAUACAAGUCUUUAUGAACCUAUUAAAACUGAAGGUAUUUUAACGCAAAGAACAAACAGUUCAUCUUUCCAAAGUACAAAUAUCAACUCAUUCUUGUCUGACAGGUCAUCAGGAACACCAUUGUACCAUAGGGAUAAUCACAAUGAACAAUUCAUGGAUAGACAACAACCUGUUACAAUUCACAACCAUCAUCACCAUUACUACUAUUACAACAAUAAUAAUAAUGGAGGUAAUGAAUCAACGUCACAAAUGGAUGCACUUUUAGAAGAGAAGAAACAAUUACAGAUAGAACAAUACAAACAACAGAUUGAACAACAUCAACAGUAUUUGGAACAAUACAAGAGAAGUAAUCAUCUUGAACUUCCUUCACCAUGGCAAAGGAAUAUUUCUCCGAUGGAAAGACUUCCUUAUAUGUUGAUGUCUUAUCUUCAAUUGAUAAUCAAUUUUGUUGCUUCCUUGUAUGCUAUAUACCUUUUCUACUACUUAUUUAGAACUAUCAGUAUGGAUAUAAAAUCCAAGAUAUCACAACAACAAACAAAUUUAAUGAUCAGUAUUGAAGCAUGCCGUCGGUCGUAUUAUCAGAAUGGAUGUGACGAUCCUGAAAAUUUGGUGCCUUUAUUGGUUUCGAAAUGUCAAAAGUUUGAACGAUGUAUGAAACAAGAUCCAAAUAAAUUAAGUAAUGUAUCGCUUAUGAGUGCUGAGAUCAUUGGUAUGAUUAUUAAUUCUUUGAUUGAACCUUUGAGUUUAAAAUUUUAUAUCUUUGUUCUUGGAUUGGGAUUGGUUAUUUUCGGAUGUAACUUUACCUUUGGGUAUAUUCGAGCCAAAGCAUAUUAUGGUAUUGAUGCCAGGUCAAGUCAUAUAGAUUGA